AUGGGGAAAGUUGAGAUUGUUCUUAAUUCACUUCCUAUGAGUGGAGGAGAUGGCCCCAACAGCUACUCUAAGAAUUCCCAUUUCCAGAGAAGAGCAGCAAGUUUGUUGAAAGAUGCAAUAGACAAACUGAUAAUGGAGAAACUCGAUGCAAAAACCCUAAUAUCCGAUUCAAACACAACAAUCUGCAUAGCCGAUCUUGGUUGUGCAACUGGACCAAACACAUUCUUUCUCGUCGACGACAUCAUUAAAUCCAUUGAAACCACCUUAGAAUCAAACUCACUAAAGACCAAACAACCAGAAUUCCUAGUCUUCUUCAACGACCUCCCCCAAAACGACUUCAACACUCUCUUCACCUCUCUCCCUCAAGACCGAAGUUAUUUUGCGGUCGGUGUCCCGGGUUCGUUCUAUGGCCGUGUUCUUCCUGAAUCAUCCGUUCAUAUUGUAGUGACGGUCGGGGCCACACACUGGCUAUCGAGUGUUCCGAAGGAGGUAUUGGACAAAAGCUCUAAGGCGUGGAACAAAGGAAAGGUUCACUACGCAAAUGCGGCCGAGGAAGUGGUGAAGGCUUAUAAAGAGCAGUUUGGUCGGGACAUGGAGAAGUUUCUAGAAGCUAGGGCUAAAGAACUAGUGAGUGGUGGUCUUUUGGUUGUUGGAAUGUGUGGGAUUCCUAAAGGAAUGUCUUUCUCCAAUCUUUCCGACAGUAUCAUGUACACUUCCAUGGCUGAUGUUCUCAUUCAAAUGCAAUUUCAGGGUUUGAUCAGCGAAGAGCAAGUCGAUACCUUCAACAUACCGAUCUACUCGGCAUCACCUGAGGAGGUAAGAAUUUUGGUUGAGACAAACGGCUCCUUCACUGUCGAAUCGAUGGAGCUCAUGGACCCCACGGCCUGGCUCAAACGGGAAAUGACCAUGGAGGAUGUGAGGCAAUGGAUGCUAUGCAUAGAGGCCACAAUGGGAUCGCUCUUCAACAAUCAUUUCGGUGAACAUCUCCUCGAUGACAUCUUCGACCGUCUUACGGCCAAACUCGUUGGACUCACCGAGAAGAUUGAAUCUAGCUACCGUGAGAAGGUCAUGUUGUUCUUUGCGUUGAAACGAAAAUGA